CGUACUAAUUAUAAAUUAUUUUUCAGAGCUUUUUUGGAGGUCUGGAAGGUGUUCCAUAUCUUUGUCAAAAUAACUUAAGCUACUCCGCCUUAUGAUCAACGAUUAACCAUGUCUUUGGGAUUAAAGACCAUUUUCAAGUUGUCUCAGUCUAUAAGGAGGUCUUCCACAUUGGUUUACGUCCGAAACUGUGGUUGUACUAAGAACUGUGUUCGAGGGAUUAGUUCUGUACGGAGAAGACAACGUAGCGAGUCUGUAGGUUCGGAAAGACUUGAGCCUGAUUUCGAUAACAGCACGGAAAUUAAGGCUUCCACUACGCCCCUAUCCCCUGUGGACAUUCGCGAUCCUGCUCACCGGGAGCGCCUUAACGAGCUGUCGGCCCUUUUUCCCAACAAAGAAAUAAAGACGCUGGCAGCCAGAUGUCCUCAGGUGUUUUAUCAGGAUUUCUCCGAAAUCGAGCACAUUGCCCAGUACAUCUCAGCAAAAAUGGGUCUCGAGCAGGAUGACAUGGUGCGAGCUGGCGUCUUCGAUUACCCGCUGGAACAUAUCGUCAAACGGCAUAUAUUUAUCACGCGUUGUGGUGGCUUCAAGAAGGUAAAAGAUCGCACGCGGAAGAGUCUGAGCAUGGUGAAUCCCAGUCUGCGGGAUAUCGUGCGCACCUCCGAUGCGGAGUUUGCCCGGCUGGCCCAGGUGACCGUGGAGGAGUACGCUGUGUUCUGCGACAUGUUCGCGGCACAGCGCCGUAACUUGGUCGAUUAUAUUACGGAAGGCAGGAUAUCAGCAUUGGUGGCCGACCAAGCAGAAGACGAGCUGGACGACGAGGAUAACGACGAGGAGGACGAUGAACAACACCAACCCGGACGUGAAACAUUGAAGAAAAAGAGAAGAUGAUUGCAGCCGUAUCAUUGGGAAUUGGUUCUCGUGAAUCUGUGAUGAUCAAAUAAUGGGAAAUGAUAAAAAUUCACAAGUGGCUAUGUUGGUUGGAGUGCGUACCAAGUGGUGUGUCCGGGAGUUAUUGUU